CAACAAUCAGAAAAUUAGAUAAGGCGGCAACCCAAAGUUACAGGGCAGUAAGUUCAAGACUUGUUGAGGAUGGCUGGAAGUCUGAUUGAGAAUCAGUUUUUUGAAGACCACUGCACUGAAUUGACAGUAAUUCCUUUCAUCUGGAGUGUCCAAACGGAAGGACCACAUUUCUGUCUUGACAUGAAAAUGUCUCAUCUGAAACAGCUAGUAUUUAAUUUUGAGCUUGAAGAUAAAGCCCAGAGAAUUCUAAAAUUCAACAUCUCGUUAAAUGAGUUAGAAGAGCUGCAGUGUGACAGCCUGUCUCCUUUUGCAAAUCUGCUUGAGUUGAAUGUGUCACUCAAUUCCCUGAGUAGCAUCUCAUGGCUCAGUGCCUUACCUCAACUGAUGGUUUUGAACCUGUCACACAACAUUAUUGAAACUCUCCAAGGGUUAGAAUGCUGCACGAUGUUGACAGUUCUGGACCUUUCGCACAACCAGAUCGGAAGUAUUGCAAACCUACCUAUUCUCAACAGCUUGACUAAAUUGCAUCUCAGCGGCAACAAGGGCAAUCCCUUAACCCAAGAUCAUCGAUGCAGCACUGCAAUCAGGCAAUCCACGACUGUUGAAAUCCUGGACAAUGUGCUCCUAAGGGAUGGGUUCACAUUUGAACCACCUACAGACUUGCAAAGGCAGAUGAAAGAAAACUUGAAGGAGAGUGCACGGAUGGCAUUCCAGAGCAAAGUCCAGGAGAAACGAAUUGAAACUGAGAUGGCUAUACAUUAUCUUCACAGCAGGAUACUGAGUCUUCAACAAGAUAAUCAGGAAGUGGAAGACCGCUUAACACUGGAGUUGGAGGCAUACUACAGGUAUUUGGAUGCUAUUCCUGCUGAAGAUUAUGAGAGUAUCGAUUCCAAGAAGGUCCCCAAUGCCAUAGAGAGAUACAUGUUCACCAAGUUUUGGGAAAGAUGGGAUGAGGGGGAACGAAGGCAAAGAGAUCAUCCAUUCAAAGACCUGACAAAAUCAGAAGAGGUAGUUCAAACUGCAGCAUGGCUUUUUACAAAUCCAUACCCCCCAAGUCUCUCAGUCAAACAAUACUUGACGUGAAACUGUCGUGGUCCUGGACAUCAUCGUGAUACCAUCUAUAAAGUGAGCUGUCCCAGAGGAUGAAUUCUGAACUGAAAAUACCCCCAAUUUUUUUUUAAUUCAAUGUACACCUUGGUAAUUUUAUUCAGCUGUUCUUAUUCAGCUGAUGCAAAAAAUCUGUGGCUAAUUACUACUGUAGUUAUGAUUUAUGACCUGCGCCUUCAGAUUCUCACGUGGAAGCUGAAGAAUGUGUCAAAAGUUACAUUUAAUACCUUCACUUAACUGUUGUUUGUG